UAAAUCAGCAUCAUUUGAAUGACGGUAUUUCGAUAUCCCCCAUUCUAUUCCUAUCCUCCUUCCUUUACUUUGCAGCCAGUAAAAGCUACCAGAGAGAAACAGCUGAAGCUUUGGUGCGACCUGGUUCUUAGCUAUUGCAAGCACUAUAAAAUUUUCAAGCUCUCAGUGACUGAUUCGGCAAACUCUUCGUUGUUUGCUAACACUGCCAUAGAUAGGAAACUCUCAUUAGCUGCAGUUGAAGAAGUAUUUUCCAGACUUGUUUCCAUGGGCUAUGGAGAGUGGCUUAACAAGGAGGCAAACGUUUGUUUAAUAUACUGGAGAAGACCCUACGAGUGGGCUGAGAUUAUUUACGACUGGGUGGAGCGUUCAGGAAAAAGAAAAUCAAUUCUUACUUUUUAUGAGAUACGCUUUUCAGAGGAUACAGCGGAAUUCGAGUUUCACGGGAUAGACCCUGAGUUGUUGUUGAGGAGUCUUCAAGUCUUAGAGUCACAAGGAAAAUGUGCUGUAUUUGAAGGGAAAACAAACGAUGACUUGGUGAGAAUCGUAUCGUAAUUUUCAUCUUGUAUACUAAAUUUUAUCAAUAGGGUGUGAAAUUCCGAUGAGUUAUUACAGCGUGAGUAUAUGAAGACUACAGAAGGUUAUGUUACCUGGAGAAAGCUGUAUUUUUUGGAAGCUAAUUUUUGACGUUCAGAUACUAAUUUGCAU